CGCGGGACCCGGAGCUGCCGCCGAACCAGACGCGGGCACGUCCCCGCCGCUCGCAGCUCCCGGAGGCGGGGGCGCGGGGAGCCAGGCUCGGGGCGCCGGCGGUUGCGCCGACAGAGGCCGGCGGGGAGAGCGCCAUGAGGGCGGACUCGGGGCUUCGGCUGGAGGCCCUCCCGCGUCCUCCACGAGCCCUUCCACCUGUGCCAAGUGCUAAUCAAGGUGAUAUUCCACUUAGUCGUCCUAAGAAAAAGAAGCCCAAAACAAAGAACACACCAGGUAGUGCUUCUUUGGAAGGCCUUGUUCAGACUGCUGUUCACAGGCCAUCUGAGGGCGGUGAGCCGCCGACUAAAGAAUCCACAGAGCAUCCAGAAGAAGCUCCUGUUCAGAGGAGACAGAAGAGGACAAGGCUACCUCUUGAAUUGGAGACUUCCUUAACCCAAAAGAAGACUUCGUCUUUAUUAAGAAAUGAAAAUGGUAUUGAUGUGGAGCCGGCUGAAGAGACAGUUAUUCAAAAACCUCGAAGGAAGACAAAGAAAACCCAGCCAGCAGAAUUACAGUAUGCCAAUGAGCUAGGUGUUGAAGAGGAAGACAUAAUUACUGACGAGCGAAGUGGCCCAGAACAACAGUCCGUAUUCACUGCACCCACUGGAGUUAGCCAGCCUGUAGGCAAAGUGUUUGUGGAAAAAAGCCGGCGAUUCCAGGCUGCUGAUCGUUCAGAGUUGAUAAAGACCACAGAAAAUAUAGAGGUGUCGAUGGACAUGAAGCUUUCCUGGACAACCAGAGAUGUCGCACUCUCGGUCCACCGGGCCUUCAGGAUGAUUGGUCUCUUCUCUCACGGCUUCUUGGCUGGCUGUGCUGUGUGGAACAUUGUUUUCAUAUAUGUUCUAGCAGGAGAUCAGCUUUCUAACCUCUCCAACCUUCUGCAACACUACAAGUCCUUAGCAUAUCCAUUCCAGAGUCUUCUCUACUUGCUUUUAGCUCUAAGUACAGUUUCAACUUUUGACAGGAUCGACUUUGCUAAAACAUCAGUAGCGAUCCGAAAUUUCCUUGCCCUGGAUCCAACAGCUUUAGCAUCUUUCUUGUACUUUACUGCUCUUAUAUUAUCUCUGAGUCAGCAAAUGACAAGUGACAGAAUCCAUCUUUACACACCUUCUUCUGUCAAUGGUAGCCUCUGGGCAGCAGGUGUUGAGGAACAGGUUCUCCAGCCGUGGAUUGUGGUGAAUCUGGUGGUGGCCCUUCUGGUUGGACUCUCUUGGCUUUUUUUGUCUUAUAGACCAGGCAUGGAUCUUAGCGAAGAGUUGAUGUUCUCUUCUGAUGUGGAAGAAUAUCCUGAAAAUGAUAAAGGACUCAAGGCCUCUUCGUAACGCCAGCUCACCUGCAGUGUAGUAAUGGCCCAGUAUUUAGAAUUUUUCCUAUUCUUGUUUUUAAAUGUAUUUUUAUAAGAUAUGUACAGGUAUAUUUGGAAUUGAUCUUUUGAUUAUAUAGUACUGAAAAUUUUCUCAAUAUUACGGAAAAUGUUAAAACUUGAGUCUUCAACUCAUAACCAAACAUUAAUCUCUCUAGCAUUAUUGUCUUAAUGAGAAAGGAGGUAAUGAGCUAGAAACCAGCAGGUGAGGUGUUUAUUUCCUGUUUUCUCAAAUUAGUUGCAUAUAUAAUCAUUAUCUUAUAAAGCUCUACUACAGAAACAGCCAUUACUUUAGUGUUACAAAAUAUACAUCAGGUUUAAAAAUAAAAUGUAAGGACUAGGAUAGAAGAGGGCAAGAGACCUUUAUUUUUAAUGUCUCCUUACUGAAUAAAUUAAAUAUGAAAUUUAUCUUUUUUCAGAUUGGCUUGGUGGUUGUGGUUAUGUAUCAUGUAGUAAGCAUAAUGUAAUUCAGCUUGAAAGAUGGUUUACUUCAUAACUAAUAAAAAGAAAGUAUACCUUU